AUGGUUGCCGGAGAUGAGUCCUGUGGCGCAAACGAGGUCGUCGGAGGUGCAGUCGCCGUUUACUUUGGAGGAGUGAAAGGAAGCAGAAUGAACACGAAAGUGACGCAGUUGGGGGGUGGUAACCUUGUAUCUUGGAGUGCCAAGAAGCAACCUCCUGUAUCCAGGUCAUGUUGUGAAUCUGAAUAUCAAGCCAUGGUGAACACCGCUUCGGAAACUGCUUCGGAAAUAGUUUGGAUAACUCACUUGUUACGUGAACUUCAUGCUUUAGCAUCUACAGUUCCGACUCUUCUGUGUGACAACAAGAGUUCUCUGUUCCUUAGUCAAAAUCCAAUUGCACACAAACGGGCAAAACACAUCGACAUUGAUUAUCACUUGGUUCGCAGAUUCGUAGCUUCUGGCAAACUCAAAACAAAACACGCUCCUACACACUUGCAGCUAGCUGAUAUAUUCACUAAAAGUCUUCCCAGACCCCUCUUUGAUCAGUUUCGAUCCAAGCUAAGAGUUGGACCACCACCCAUUAGCUUGACGGGGGCUAGACUCAUCCAACUGGACCACAAUCGUAGGUACCUAUGGCUAUAUCGCACCAGAGCUUGCUUAUACGAUGGUGGCAACCGAGAAAUGUCAACAUUGCCUGCUGAUUAUCUGGUGUUGGCAAAUGUUGGAGAUAGUCGGAUUCCACUUCCUUCACCACAAGUUGAGAAACAAAUAACCCCCAGUCGACCCUUCUUUCCUUCUAUCAUUGAAUCUCUCAAAGAACUCCGACUACCUGGGCCAUCUGCACCCCAUUACGAUUCCGACCGCCGGGAGCCACUUUACCGGCAACCGACCUUGUUUACCGGUGACCCACCCUCAUUACCGGCGACCAUCGAGUUUAUUGAGGGCAAUUCCAACCACAACAACAUUUCAAUGAAAUUGAGCAAUCUAAGGCUAUAUAUGAGGUUUAGUUGA